CCCCAGGCCUGGCCACCGCCAGACAGCCCCGUUCGCGUGGACACCAUCCGAGUGGUAGAGGGACCUCGGGAGGUGGAGGUGGCCGCCAGCACGGCCGCUGGGGCCCCUGCACAGCGGGCCCAGAGCCUGGAGCCCUAUGGGGCAGGGCUGCGGGCCCUGGUGGCAUCCGGAGGAACCGAGAGCCACCCUGUCUUCCGAAGCCAUGAAGUGGUGGAGGCAGUGUUCUCCUCGCCCGCUGCCUCCACUGGCAACGUCCACUUGGUGAAGAAGAUCAGCAUCACAGAGCAAAGCUGCAACGGGGCCGCAGGUCUUCCUCAGGCUUCUGCAGAGCCAUCCUCGUCGCCCACAGGGUCCGCCGCAGCCUCCUUGGCACAGCCCAAGGACACAGGCCGGGUGCCCACGUGCAACACCAGCACCAGGGAGCCCCCCAGGCAAGCAGCCCCACGUGAAUCAGAGGAGGCCGGAGGUGCAGGUGGGCCCCAGGCAGGCAUACGGUCCAUCAUGAAGCGGAAAGAGGAGCCUGCAGACCCCGCGACCCACCAGAGGAGCCUCCAGUUUGUGGGGGUCAAUGGCGGGUGUGAGUCCUCCUCUGAGGACUCCAGCACAGCAGAGAACUUCUCGGACAAUGAGAGCACAGAGAACGAGACCCCGGAGCCUGAGGCGAGGGUGCCUCGUGUGGCUGAGGCUGCCCCGCUCCGGCCCACAGGGACAGCCGUGGCCAAGAUCAACCAGGAGGAGUGCCAGCCAACUCGGGAGUCUCAGCGAGUGCCCACAGCCGAGGGGGCCUCGGGAUCAAAUGUGGAGGAGAUCCGGAUGGAGCUAAGCCCCGACCUCAUCUCAGCCUGCCUGGCCCUGGAAAAGUACCUGGACAACCCUAACGCCCUCUCUGAGCGGGAGCUGAAAGUGGCCUACACCACGGUGCUGCAGGAGUGGCUGCGCCUGGCCUGCCGCAGCGACGCCCACCCGGAGCUCGUGCGGCGCCACCUGGUCACGUUCCGGGCCAUGUCGUCGCGGCUGCUGGACUACGUGGUCAACAUUGCCGACAGCAACGGCAACACCGCGCUGCACUACUCCGUGUCCCACGCCAACUUUCCGGUUGUGCGGCAGCUGCUGGACAGCGGGGUCUGCCAGGUGGACAAGCAGAACCGGGCUGGCUACAGCCCCAUCAUGCUCACUGCCCUGGCCGCCCUCAAGACCCAGGAUGACAUCGAGACACUCCUGCAGCUCUUCCGGCUCGGAGACGUCAACGCCAAAGCCAGCCAGGCCGGGCAGACGGCCCUGAUGCUGGCAGUCAGCCACGGGCGCGCGGACGUGGUGAAAGCUCUGCUGGCCUGCAAGGCGGACGUCAACGUGCAGGACGAUGACGGCUCCACGGCCCUCAUGUGCGCCUGCGAGCACGGCCACAAGGAGAUCACAGGACUGCUGCUGGCUGUGCCCAGCUGUGACAUCGCGCUCACUGACCGCGACGGGAGCACGGCCUUGAUGGUGGCCCUGGACGCAGGGCAGAGUGAAAUCGCGUCCAUGCUGUACUCCCGCAUGAACAUCAAGUGCUCGUUUGCCCCGAUGUCGGAUGACGAAAGUCCUGCAUCGUCCUCCGCGGAGGAGUAGCCACGAGGGGGACCAGAGGCGCCUCCCGCUGAGGCCCAUCAGCCCCAGAGCGAACUGUCCCUCCUCCCUUGUUCCUCGUCCCGGUCUCCUCCCUGGCCAACCCCAUCAUACCCACCAAGGCCUCCGUCUCAAAGGCAAGUGGGUUUCUCCUGCUUCCCAGCAGUGACAAGACUCCAGCUUAACUGGGUUUUUCCCGUUCCCAGUUCAAAGCAGCCACAGUGCAGACCGGAGCUACAUUCUCGUAGGAAUCGGCGCCAGUGGCUGAUGCUGGCGUGGGUUUGUGGCGAACACAGAACAAUCGCCUGGCAGUGAUGGAUGGAGGCGGGUGAGGGGGAAACGUAUUGUAUUUUGGAAUCACCAUCGGGGAAGGGGGGAAUCGUAUUACUUGUUGCCAAAUCUGAAAGUCACUGGAAAUGCAUAUUUUCAUUUUAAUCUUGAGUGUUAUUACUCACGGGUGGCGUCUGGAGUGGCUUGACUCCCCCUGGCCCCCCACAUUUAAUUGUCUGGUAUGUAAUAGUGUUUUGUCCACUCCCCCCGAGACAGCUUUCUUGGGGGAAUUUUGGUCUCUUCACAAAACGGAUUCUGUCCCUGCCACCUGGAGUAGGAAGUUUAGCUUUCUUCUGCUUUCUGCCAGCAUCCACCCCGUUCAGGUCGAGGGGAGCCCCAGGACACAGCAGCCCUGAGCAGUUCAUGUCAAGAAAUUACCCCGACCUCCGGCCCCUCCCCACGUGGAGCCCCAGCAAAUAUUAAUUUUCCUAGAAAAUCCGUCAGACCUGGAGACACAGGAAAUGAGUCCUGUUCCCAGAGCGGCUGCUGAGUCCCUGGGCUUCGAACCCAGGUUAUGGCCGUCCAGAUCCUCCUCAGCCUCCAGAAUUUCUCUCUUCAAAGGAAAGAAAACAGGCCAUGUGUGUGUUGGCAGCGCCUGGGGCCGGCUCCAGGAACCCCAUGUGUGCACAAUUAAAAAUUGGCUGCCCCCAGAGGGCUCCCAGCGCAAACUUAAAGAGGCAGGGCCUUGCCGAAAGCCAAACAAGGGCCAGCUGGGGUUUUGUGUUUUUUUUUAACCUACAGGCUUUCCGGAGCCGCCUGGAGCAGAGCCUGCUGGACGUGGGGCUCGCCAGACUCUCACAGUUUCCUUAAUGGCCUGUUUUGUUCCCAGGAUCUCAACAGCGUUUUCUUUCCUUUUCCUUCCUUCUGUGAACCAAAAAAAGAAAAGGGAUAGGCCCGAGCCUCCGAAAGUGCCCCUGUGGCCGGGGAGCAAGACCCCUGGCUAAUAGGUGUCCUGCCUUCCGGCCAGUUGGCGGCCCCACUGCCAGGGUCGGAGCCAGGCCACGGAGGAUGGAGCGGGCCCUGAGUGCCCACGUGGCCAUUCAAUAAAGCGGAACGCUGGCUUCUCUCCUACAGAAGUGGGUCUCUUGGCUUGAUGGAGUCUGGCUUGCUUUGAUUUUGAAGGGAUCAAAAUCUUUUUUAUUUUGUACCUGAGACAAAAGAGCUUGCUUGCAUGGCCAAAGGAGGGAGGCACCCCAGAGAGAGGGGGAGAGAGAGAGGGAGAGAGAGAGAGUGUGUGUAAGUUGGAGAGAAAAAACCAAAGCUGCUCGAGGAUGCCCAGGGUAUUUGAUGGAAGGCUGCAGCUCUGAGCAGCGGUGCCGUGUUGUGUGCCUGUGUGUCCUGGCCCGGAGCCAGCGGUGCGUUUAUUUUAAGCUCCUACAAGCAGCUCACUGACACCGUAUUUGCCCCUGUUCCCCUCUCCCCUGGUGCCCAUUGGCUUGGCACGGAGGGUACAGGGGGUCCUGCCUUUGUCCCCAUUCUCUUCUCACAUGUACUCAUGACCUUAAACUUUCCAACCACGGUACGUCCAUAAAGACAGUAUUACGCUUAAAUGAAGUAUUCUUUUUUGUAAUCAUUUUUUAGACGGUAAAGAAAUUUAAUAAAGCUACUUUAUGAUAAUGCCAA